AGCAUCGGCCAUGCACACCCCGCUCUCCUCUCAAUUAAACAUGGACAGCAAGAAAACCUCACCUCCUAGUAAACUAGGGUUCAACCGAGGCUCAUGGACUGCUGCCGAAGACAAGAUCCUGCUGGAUUAUGUGGCAGCUCAUGGCGUAGGCAAGUGGGGAAAGGUUACCAAAGCUUCAGGCCUGAAUCGGUGCUCCAGAAGCUGCCGGCAUCGAUGGAUGAACUACCUACGGCCGGACAUCAAGAGGGGGAACAUAUCGGAAGACGAAGAGGACCUCAUUGUUAGACUCCAUAACCUCUUGGGAAACAGGUGGUCUUUGAUAGCCGGGCGACUGCCCGGUCGAACAGAUAAUGAGAUCAAAAACUACUGGAACACCGUGCUGAAGAAGAAGCCCGACGUCAAGUCGGGGACGGCCAAGUGCAAGAGCUUAACUUGCACGAGUGAGUCGACUCCAUUAAGUGAACGUGAGAGUAGAAAGGAUUGCACAGAAGCAGUAGUGAUCAAUGAUGAAGACAAGAUACUAGAUGCUUCUUUCUCACAUUCGAUUGAAGAUCAGGAUUUUUUCAAGCAGCUAGCAAGCUUUGAGACCGACGAAUUCUGGCCCAGUGACAUUUUCGACUUCCAAUUCUCCCAACAAGAUGCAGGAAUUGGGGGAGGUGCUGAUUCAACCGUGUAUUUUGGUGGUGAUUUGUUCAUGUAA